AUGAAGAUCAUCAAAGAUCCUCCACAUACAGUACAACACCCGAUCUGCCAGUCACCUUCUGUUAACAGCAUCCUGCCCAGGCAGACCAACUAUUACUGGAUAGGGAUCCGUAAGGUGGACGACGUGUGGACCUGGGUGGGGACCAAUAAGACCCUGACUAAAGAGGCAGAGAACUGGGCAGACGGGGAACCCAACAACGGGGGGAACAACGAGGACUGUGUGGAGAUGUACAUCAAGAGAGAGAAGGACACAGGGAAGUGGAACGACGAGUCGUGUAUGAAGAAGAAGACGGCUCUGUGCUUCACAGCCUCGUGUCAGAGCGACUCAUGUUACCAUGGAGAGUGUGUGGAGACCAUCAACAGCCACCACUGUAAAUGCUUUGAGGGCUUCUACGGAGAGCAGUGUGAACACGUUGUUGAAUGUAAGAUGGAGGGGGUCACUGUCCCUGCUAAUGCCAGUGUCAGUUGCUCUCACCCCAAUGGGUAUUUCUCCUUUGACUCGACGUGUCAGUAUUCCUGUGAAGAGGGGUACCGGCUGAGCAGCUCCGGGCCUGUGAGAUGCACAGCCUCAGAAUCAUGGUCAGAACAGCCUCCCACCUGUGAAUUGGUCUCAUGCAGUGAGCUGUAUGAACCUGGGAAGGGUUCCAUGGCCUGCUCCCAUCCCCUGGGCUCCUUCAGCUACCUGUCCACCUGUACCUUUACCUGUGAGGAGGGCUAUGAGAGGCUGGCCUCCAGCUCUGCUACCCUGCAGUGUGGAGCCUCGGGACAGUGGAAUGACUCACAGCCGCAGUGUAUUGGUGUGUACAGGUUCUGGAUAUCUGUAAACGUAGACCCCAUAACAUGUUACAUCAACUCUGUAAGCUGCCCUACCCUCCAGCAGCCACAAGAUGGCGCUAUCAGCUGGAGAGAAGACUUCACCUAUGGAAGCAGCUGUAACUUUAGCUUAGGUUAUCUCCUCAAGGGGCCGAUCACGCUGACCUGCACAUCAGCUGCUGAGUGGAGUGAGGAGAUACCACACUGUGAAGCUGUCCAGUGCCCCUCUCCUGUGGUUCCUCUGGGGGGUCAGGUCAGCUGUGAGGCCCCAUCACAUCCCUGGGGCUCUGUCUGCAACUUCAGCUGUGAUGAGGGUUACGAUCACCAGGGGGCCCCAAACAUGCAGUGUUCACGAUCAGGGGAGUGGAGCGCUGAAACACCUACCUGCACAGCCACACCUGAGCCUCCAUUGAACCCCACUAUCCUAGGCCUGGCAGCAGGGGGCGCUGUGUCAUUAUCUGGCCUGUCUCUGGCUGCAUGGCUCCUCAAACGAAUCAGACAGAAAGCUAACAAGUUUGAUCUGAACAGCACCUCAGACAUUGAGGAACCUUUACAGACCUACAGGAAAAGCAUCGACAGCCUGAUAUAGAGACCAACAACAAUAACAGUAGGAAUAACAGCAGGAACAACAGCAGGAACAACAGCAGGAAUAACAGCAGGAACAACAGCAGGAAUAACAGCAGGAACAACAGCAGGAACAACAGCAGGAACAACAGCAGGAACAACAGUAGGAAUAACAGCAGGAACAACAGCAGGAACAACAGCAGGAAUAACAGCAGGAACAACAGCAGGAAUAACAGCAGGAACAACAGCAGGAACAACAGCAGGAACAAGAACUGCCUGUAUAUUCAUGACAGCUUGUCUGUCUCCCUGUAUCCUCAUGACAACCUGUCUGUCUCCCUGUAUCCUCAUGACAACCUGUCUGUCUCCCUGUAUCCUCAUGACAACCUGUCUGUCUCCCUGUAUCCUCAUGACAACCUGUCUGUCUCCCUGUAUCCUCAUGACAACCUGUCUGUCUCCCUGUAUCCUCAUGACAACCUGUCUGUCUCCCUGUAUCUUCAUGACAACCUGUCUGUCUCCCUGUAUCCUCAUGACAACCUGUCUGUCUCCCUGUAUCCUCAUGACAACCUGUCUGUCUCCCUGUAUCCUCAUGACAACCUGUCUGUCUCCCUGUAUCCUCAUGACAACCUGUCUGUCUCCCUGUAUCCUCAUGACAACCUGUCUGUCUCCCUGUAUCCUCAUGACAACCUGUCUGUCUCCCUGUAUCCUCAUGACAACCUGUCUGUCUCCCUGUAUCCUCAUGACAACCUGUCUGUCUCCCUGUAUCUUCAU